UAUGAGCUGGGAGAGUAUGAAAGAGCAGGUAGGAUUUAUUUGGAAAAAUGUGAGGAACCAGAGCUGGAAAGGGCUGGGGAAUGUUUUUGUCUUGCAGGACGCUAUGAGCUUGCAGCAGAGGUGUAUGCCAAGGGCAAUUUUUUGCCAGAAUGUUUGACUGUUUGCUCCAAAGGAAAGCUUUUUGAUGUUGGAUUGCAAUACAUCCACUACUGGAAACAACAUGCCAGUACAGAUGUUGGUAUUGUCCAAAGAAGUGAAGAAAUAAACACAAUUGAACAAGACUUUCUGGAGAGGUGUGCUUUUCAUCAUCAUGAGCUCAAAGAUAGCAAAUCUAUGAUGAAAUUUGUGAAAGCUUUUCAUUCAGUGGAUUUGAGACGUGAAUUUUUGAAGUCGUUGAAUUGCUAUGAUGAACUUCUAUUGCUGGAGGAAGAGUCGGGAAACUUCGUGGAUGCUGCAAAUAUUGCAAAAAUGAGAGGAGAUAUUCUCCGUGCAGCUGAUUUGCUACAGAAAGCUGGGAAUUUCAAAGAAGCAUCUGCAUUUAUACUUGAUUACGUGUUUUCCAACUCUUUAUGGUCACCUGGUAGCAAUGGCUGGCCUUUGAAGCAGUUUGGACAAAAGGAGGAGCUUUUGGGAAAGGCCAAGUCAUGGGCGGAGAAUGACUCGAACCAAUUUUCUGAAUUUGUUCGAAAUGAAGCUGACAUUUUAUCAAAUGAGCAGUGCAACCUAUUUAUGCUGAGUCAUCAAUUAAAUGCUUCAAAGAAACAUCAGAGUAUUAGAGGUGAAAUAUUAUCUGUACGAAAGAUUUUGGAUUUCCAUCUUCAUUUAAGUAGCUCUAAAUAUGGUUGGGAAGACGAAUUAGUUUCUGAUCUCGUAGCAUAUUCAGAAGACAUAAUUCAUAGAAACCAGGUUUCUGUUGAGACCCUUGUCUACUACUGGAAUUACUGGAAGAAUAUGAUUGUGAAGAUACUUGAGUAUCUUGAGCAUUUGCAAACACAAGAUGUUAACAACUGCAGAAGUUAUGGUGACUUCUGCUUGAACUACCUUAGUGUAUGGAAGCAAUAUAGCAAUCUUGGUACCAAGUAUCUUUUGCUGAACCCAGAUGCAGACUGGAUUAGAAAGGUGGACAAAAGAUGUGCUCAAAUGAGCGAGAAGUUGGUUUCAAUUGAUGUCAGCAAACUUGUCUCUGCUGCUCGGAGUUAUUGGAGUUCAGAGUUACUUUUUGUUGGUAUGAAGGUGUUGGAAAAUCUAUGUGCCUUCCGUAAGCAGUCAUUUCAGAAUUCAUCAUCUGUGUUCUGCAAAAUCAGAAAUUCUACUUACAUGUAUGAAGUUUCUAAAUCUCUUUUGAAUUCUAAAUAUCUGCAUCACCAGCAUUAUGAUACUAGGGCACUACAAAAUUUUGUUGAACUAUCAAAGAAGGAAUUCUUUGACUUCAUAUUUCCUCCAGACUGGCGAGAAUCACUGAAAGGGAACUUGAUUUCUAUGAGACAAACUGAGAUUUGUAGGAAUAUAAUUGAAGAAGUUAUUUUUCAAACUAUUGACUGGAGAAGUCAGUUAUCUUAUGGGCAGAUUGGAAGUGUGGUAGUUAUGAUUCUUGGGUCUGGUAAGCCGAAUAAUGAGGUAUUUGAGAAUGUUGCAAAAAGUUUUAUUGAGAAAACACCAUGGAAGGAAUUUGUAGAGAGCGCCUCUGGGAAUAUCGGAUCAUGCAAUAACAUUGAACUUGUUUGGAAGUUCUUUGGAGCUCUGAAACAUACUUAUGAUGCCAACUGGCGGAAAGGAUACAUAUCACCUUCUAAUUUUCUGUAUCUUAUUGAGCGGUUUUUGAUUAUGUUGUCUAGCAUCCAGGGCCAUGGGUAUAUCUUAACCACACAGUCAUCUUUUGUGGAUUGGCUUAUCUACGACGAGGAGAACACCAACCCAACUUCAAGCUUAAAGCCUGAUGGGCAACAAUUCCUGAGACAUGUACUUGACUUUGUUGUCCACAUUGUUUCGCAGUUCCUUUACCAUGAGAAGGACACAAUGGAAUGGAUCAGAAACUCUCAUACAAGUGUGAAACAUUAUCAUUCAUUCGUUGUUUUAAGAUUGGUUGUAAUAGUGUGUUUGCUUCAUUUGAAUUUUGGGAAGUACGUAAAUUUGCGCUGUGCAAAUUUGCUCUUUGACUUGCUUGGCAGGAACUAUAUUUCCAACAAACUGCCUUGGGAAUUUUGUGAUUCCCUUCGCAGAAGAUGGAGGCCUAAUUAUCAGAAUGUUGAUGUGAUUGCCGAAGCAUUUAAAAGGAUCAGGAAUCCACUUGUAAUUGUGAGUUUGGGGGGAAAUUGUUCAAGAUUCAGGUGUCAAGAUGCAGUUUUUGUUGACAUGAAAGCCAGCAAAUGUAAGGACAUAUUAGGUGUCAUGUUUCCGACGUCUGAAGCUUCUCAAGGCCAUUCUGGAGCUAAACUGGAAGCUACUAAUUUGCACAAGAAUAUCUCUUUGUCAGACUGUCGUGGCCAAGGAAAGAGUUCAACUCUUCCGUCUUCAAAUUCUGCUAUCCUUCCAGAUAAGGAUUCAAUUACCCAGACCAUAAAUGAGGAUAAACUGCUCAUGGACCCUCAAGUUUUCUCAAGAACACUGGAAGCGUUAGAUUUGAUAGAAAAUGCAGGAGAUCAAAAGAGCAUUUUGUUGAAUGCCCCAAGGGUCAAGUUGGAUGUAGACAAAUGUAUUCGCCUUUUAACUGCUGCAAUGGAAUGUGGAAACGUUCAGAAGAACCCUUUAAAAAGCCAAAUGGAUGAAGCAGUCAGCAUGCUUAAAGAAUUGAAGCAAAUUUAUGCUGGAUUAGAUGAAAGUGGUCAGCAAGUAAAGAACAACAUUUCAACAAUUAGAGAAGUUUGCAAGAGGUUGCAGUCAACAAGGCAAACAGUGGAGCCUCACUUGAAUCAGCUAUUCUUGCAGCAGAGUAGGAAUGUUAAAGGUAAGGCAAUAGAGAUGGGCAUGGGUCUGGGCGUGGGCGUGGGCGUGGGCGUGGGCAAGGGUGUGGCAUCAGAAGGAAAAUGUGAUGAGGAAAACAUUGACGGUAAGAUGGAGGGUUUGGCAAUUCCUAUAGCUUCUGGUUCCCAAUCCCAAUACCAAACCCAAGCCAGUUGUCAGGAUCAGAAAAUUGAAAACAAGGGAAAAAGAAAGCCUAAGAAAAAGAACAAGGGAAAAGGUAAGGGGAAACGUUAGUGACCAAAUCUAUUUCGAAAUUGAUUAUCAUCUACUACAAGUUGUAGUGUCAUUGAAAUGCCCAAGUUUGUGAGUCUUCUGGUUGUAAGAACAAAUAAUUUCGUGUUUUAAAUAUUUCAUGAUAAUGCUAGCCUUAGUUCUACAUCAAACGGCUUAUUUAGGUAAAU